UCAUUCUGUUCAGGUUAGGGCUCCUGUUGGAGCACCGAUAGGAACGCGACCGUCGCCGUGGCCCAAAACUCGCUGGAAAACAUCACGGAAUUGCCCCGCCGCACAUCUGGAGAGGAAGACCGACGAUUAUUAACGUCCCCCGGAGCUUAGAUAAGACCCGAACCGAUGACUCUGGUCGCAGUGAUUGAACCGGACCGAACCGCGCGCCUCUAACGUGGGUCCGUUCGGACUGGACCCGCUCACGGUCACAGGUUGCUAGCGGAGUUGAGGCUAACUGAGCUAGCCUGGUUAGCAGGCAGGGGAAGGGGGGGCUGCUGGAUUUAACCUGAAAAAGCUCGGUGUGGAGUGUGCUGGAGACCCCGUUCAUGAUGAGGUUUUCUCCGGCUGGUUUAUCCAGUUGGCCGGCUGCUAGCAUCGGCUGACUGCAGCCUAACGGCAGAGCUGCUCUCCUUCCUCCGGAUUAAAGCGUUUUUUCUUUGAAAGGUGAACUUUUUCUCCCCCAGAGAGCUCCAACCCAGCCUCCUCUACUAUACUCUGUUGGAGAUAGAUACAUAAACACCCUGAAAGGGUUUUAUCUUUGUUUUUCUUUACUGAAAGAGGUAAAAAUAAAAGUUUUGUUUGGAGGUUGAGGAGGAUUUUUUUCCGUGGAAAAAUGGAUUCGGGUAUAGAGAAGGAAUGCAGCGCCUUGGGAGGGCUUUUCCAGCUCAUCAUGAACGACAUGAAGGCCAGUUAUCCCACCUGGGAGGACUUCGUAUCCAAAGGAGCCAAACUGCAAUCCCAGCUCAGGACAACCAUCGCGGUCACUGGAGCCUUCCUGGAUGCUUUCCAGAAAGUUGCAGACAUGGCGACCGGAACCAGAGGUGCCACCAAGGAGAUCGGCUCUGCGCUGACCAGGAUGUGUAUGAGACACCGCAGCAUCGAAUCCAAGCUUAAACUGUUCACCACGUAAGACAAUGAAACACUUUUGCUUUCCUCAUCAGGACUUCACAUUCGGUUUA